AUGCACAAUUGCGCGUAUAUAAAGAUAUGUCUUACCUUUGAUCGGAAUCUUCCGCAGGAUAUUGUUUGCACGUUUGUACAAUAUCUAAGCAGGUUAAUCCAAUACAAAGAAUUUUCUGCUGAUUUGACUCCACAGUAGAAGACGUACCGACAAUCUUUUCAUAAAAGCUUGAAAUCAUGUCACUUGGCAGCGUGAUACACAAGUUACACUAACUCGCGAAAUGGAAAUGAACUUCGAAGGAUUAACACAAUGAUUAAUAAUUAAUACAUAUGUACAAAUAAAUUCCACUAGAGCAAGUUACGUUUCUUCAUUUAAUCAAAACAAUUUUAUCAUCUACGUGAUUAAAUAAAGUACACGUAUAUUGAUCUAUUUGAUCUUUGACAUUUUGAGUUUAAAUAUAAUUUUUAAUCUUAUCUAGUUUUGUGUCUCAAGUAAGACUGAAUUUUACCAGUAUCAAAACUUCUUGUAAACAAUAUCAUUUCUCUGAAAUUUUAUUCGUGUAAUCUAUAUCUACUAGUUUUCCUUGUUAUACAUACAUAUAUAUACAGGGUGUCCCGAAACUGCUUGAUUUACACAUAAAAAGAAAAUGUUAUAUAAAAUUCGACACCAAACACUUUGUUAUAAAGUUAUAGAGUUAUAGAGUUAUAACGAUGAAAUAUGUAUGUAAAUAACGGUACAUUUUUCAUCAUACUACACAGAUGGUGUUGUUAAGUAUAUAUCUUUUUUCAUAUCAUUAAUUAUAAUAAUAAAAAUAAUUUUUAAUUCCAUCAAACUUGAUAUCAGUGAAUAAUAGAAUUAAUAACACUGUAAAGUUCCUGAGAAUUUCGCCAAGUUCCGGUAAAAUUACGUUUUUAAUUCUUUGCACUAAUUCUCCGUACGACGUUACUUCUAUCGAGUCAAUCUUUUGUUUUAAACCAUUCCAUAAGUGAAAAAUCAAAUGAUAAAGAAAAAUGCGUAGUUAUUUUAUACAUACAAUAUUUGUUUAUAACUCUGUAACAAGGCCUUUCCUAGCAAACUUAAUAUAACUUUUUUUUUCUUUCUGAUGUGUACAUCAAGCCCUCGCAGUUUGGUAGUUUAAGUUUAGGACAUCCUGUAUAUAUUGAAAGGUCAUUAUAAAAAAUCGAAUUUAUUUAUAAGCUUUCAAUUGAUUUGAGUAUUUUAUUUCAAUCUAUUAUUUAUGCUUACACUUAUCGAUAUAUUCUGCUUAAAAAUUAUAUUGGCAUGGUAUAGUACCAAUAGUAAUAGAGAAAUUAGUAAAAGAUACAAUAAAAUCUUGAAAUUCCCGCUUCAAUUUGUCAACACAGAACGAUUAUAGCGCCAGGAAAAAAUGCCAAGAUGGCAACGCAAACGAUUUCGUUCGAUAUUGGGACAGCUUUUAUCGUUUUUUGAUUAAAAUUUUGAACAUAAUACUCGAAAAAACGAUUUUAUAGAAAAAUACAAAUUCUUUGCUAAAUUAUAAAUCAAAGAUAUAGAUUGUCUAUCUUUUAAGUAGGGAGAAAUCUGCAAAGGAGCGUAUAUAUACUAGCAUAUCGAAACUUUGACUAAUUAUUUUCGGGCAACUUUUUUUUUUGAAUAAUCAUUACCUGCAUUUAACUUUAGAUGAUUCAUUUAUCAGUAUAGAAUGGAUCCUCGAAUACAUAGAAGAACAGAGCCGGAAAAGGGACCGGGUGAUUUGGUCAGUGUAUUAACCUUAUCAUUUCGCAGAUGCAUUUUAUGAGUACAAAAUAAGCAUUUAUAGUACAUAUGUAUACAUAUAAUUUAAUACUUAUGGCAAUUAUUCGAGCAAAAUUUCAAUUACAAAAAGCUGAGAAAUUUCCAGUUGUAAAAUAUUUCAAUUGCCUUUGCUAUAUAAACAAAAAAAUGAAUACAUAUUUUGACUUGGUCUUGCAGAUAGUUGAAUGGUUGAAUGAGGCUUCACUAAGCCCCGGCGAAGAUGUAAAAGUUGCAAAUUUAUGCAAAGUUCAAGAAAUAUUGAUAAACAAGGAACCACAAUUACUUCCAUUAUAUUUGGACGAAGCGUUGCAGUUUUCUUUAGAUAGAAAUGCAGAAGUUAGAAAAACAAUUACAGGUUUCAUAGAAGAAACUGGAGUAAAACAGCCAGAAGUAAUUCCACGCGUAGUUCAGACACUUUUACGUUUAGUUUCUGAUGAAUCAUCAGCUGUUGCUAAAAGAGCUCUUAGAGCUAGUGGUAGGAUAUUAAGAGCUGCAUUGAAAUGGAUAUCUAGUGCUAUUACAGUCACACCAGAAAUGGAAGUAGCAUGGAACCAACUUAGUGCUCUCAAAGUUCAAAUUAUAGACAUGAUUGACAGCGAUAAUGAUGGUAUUAGGACGCAAGCUGUGAAAUUUCUUGAAGGUGUUGUUUUGAUACAAACGUAUCCUGAUCCAGAUAUCCCCAAAAAACCAGAUGAUUUUUCUUUAGAAGAUAUUCCACUAACAUUAAAAAUAGCACGUAGACGGAAAUUAGAGGAAGAAGCUAACGAUGUGAUGGAUUUAUUAAUCAAAUUUCAUGGGUCUCCACAUGUCAGUAGCGUUAAUUUAAUGACAUGUAUGGGAUCUUUAGCAUUGAUUGCUAAAACAAGACCUCAGUUCAUGCCGGGUGUAAUACAAGCUUUGCAAAGGUUACAACAUGAUUUACCACCCACAUUAUCUGAUUCUCAAGUAACUAGCGUUCAGAAACAAUUAAAAUUAACUCUAUUAGGGUUGAUGAAGCAUCCAGCUAGCAUAGAAUUUGCACCUGCAAUAGCUAAGCAAUUGACUCAGCUAGGAGCGAAAGAACAAGAGAUUGUUAAAGCUUAUCCAAAACCAGAAGAUAUUCGACGUAUGAAGAAACGACAACAAGAGGCUGCUGCAUCCUCUGCUGCAAAGCGUGUUAAAAUCGAAACUUCCUUAAUACCAGAUGAAUCGGAAAUUGUAUCCAAUUUAGUACUUACCUCAAAAUUACCAGAAUUAGUCGAACUUUCAGAAAGUUUCAUUGCUGAGAGAUUAAGUGUGGAAAUUGCCACAGACUUAGUCAUGGAUAGCAUGGCGUGGGUCCCAGAUACAAUGACAACAAUUUUUCAAAGAGAAUAUCAACCUUCUUCAACGACCGAUAUAAAUAUUCAACGACACACGAUUGCUAAAUUACUAGCAGCGCAAAUAAGGCAAGCUAAAACAAAGAAGAAAAAAGAUACUAAAGAUGAAGAUGCCGUGAUGGAAGAUUUAGUGAAAAAUCCAACUAUCAGCGUAGCGGAAGCGAAACGAGAGCGAAAACGUGAAAAAGACAGAGAGAAAGAGAAAGAGGCAAAAGCAUCUCUAGAGGCACAUGAAAAAUCGCUCGCAAAAACUAGGACUCGUUUGAAAGCUUUAAAACUGUCUGAAGUUACGAAACCAUUGUCAAAAGAAAUUAAAGAGAAAAUGUUACUGAUGGCUGUAAAUCGAAUUUUACUUUCUGAGAAAACAGCUGUGUUUGGUGGUGUAGCAGCCAUAAGAUCAAAAAUUCUAACUACCCUAGCUGCGACGUUUAACCCAUACAUUAAAGAAGCAGUAUUACGUUAUAUUACUGACGAUAUGAGAAAUCGUUUAGACUUAGCUUUAGGUUGGUUGUACGAAGAAUACGCAUUGCUUCAGGGUUUCCAGAGACGAACUACAUUGUGUACGAAGCCUCAAGAAGCUCCGCAUCAAGCGUACAAUUUCUUAUUAUGUACUUUAGUAUCUGCAAUAGAUUUAGUUCAAGGCAAAGACCGUGACACAUUGCUAUAUAGGCUUUACUUAGAAGCUCCUUUAAUCACUGAAGAUGCAGUUGAGGCUUUGAAAAUGGUAUCUUCGGACGAAACAAGAGGAUUGAUGCCAUUACAAUUAUUAAAAGAAAUGGUUAUUCGUAGGCCAACGAAACAAUUGGUUUUUCUGAAUGUAUUAUUAUGUCAUACUGGUCAUGAAAACAAUACAAUAAGGGAAGCUGCUAUACAAUUAGUUUGUCAACUAUAUAGUCGUCCCGAAUUAAGUAAACUCAUAGAAGAGUACGCGGUACUUUAUUUAGGUUUUUUACGAUUACAUACACCACCUGAGAUCGUUUUCGGACAAGAUCGAGGUAGACCGCAAGUGGAAACUCAAUGGACUGAGUCAACUACAAGAGCUUGCCUUGGAUUGUAUCUUGCUCUAUUGAGUGAACACCAAGAUUUAAUUCACGAAUUGGCGAGAGUUUAUACAUCGAUGAGUGCCGAUGUAAAACGUAUGGUUCUUCGACUGGUAGAAGGACCUGUACGAUCUUUAGGAAUGGGCAGUCCACAAUUAUUGGCAUUAGUUGAAAAUUGUCCUAAAGGCGCGGAAACACUAGUUACGAGAAUUAUUCAUAUCCUUACAGAAAAAUCCGCGCCAAGCGCAGAAUUAGUAGCAAGGGUACGAGAACUUUAUCAAACCAGAGUUUCCGAUGUUCGAUUCUUAAUACCAGUUUUAAAUGGUUUAACGAAAAAGGAAGUUAUAGCCGCUCUUCCAAAACUCAUAAAGUUAAAUCCCAUUGUUGUUAAAGAGGUAUUUAAUAGACUAUUGGGCACCCAUAAUAAUGAAAGCGGUGUACCUCAUACGUCUCCUAUCACACCUGCUGAAUUGUUAAUAGCUUUACAUAAUAUAGAUCCAAGCAAAGCAGAAUUAAAAACGAUUAUAAAAGCUACGUCUCUAUGUUUUGCGGAAAAACAGAUAUAUACGCAAGAAACUGUUGCUGUUGUGAUGCAACAUCUUAUGGAGAUGACACCGCUUCCUACAUUACUCAUGCGUACAGUGAUACAAAGUUUAGCAUUAUAUCCUAGGUUAAGUGGAUUUGUUAUGAACAUACUUCAACGAUUAAUUCUCAAGCAAGUUUGGAAACAACCAAAAGUCUGGGAGGGUUUUGUAAAAUGUUGCGAGCGUACGCAACCGCAGAGUUUCGCGGUUAUUUUACAACUUCCGCCAACACAAUUGGCCGAAGCAUUAAAAAUGGCGAGUAACUUACGAGCACCCUUAUUGGCGCAUGUCGAAGCCUUUGCCGAAAAUCAGGCACCACCCGGUGAUUAUCCAAUCGAACAAAAACCAGAUACUAUGGAAACUGAUGUUUCAGAACCAGCUCCGCCUGGUUUAGAUUAGCAUAAACUCAUUCCAGUGUUGGGAUUUGAAUCAUCAUCAACAGAUUGUCCCAACUUUAAUGAAUUUACCUUGUAAAUUAUAAAUUAUUUUUUUUUAUGUCCAAUCAUGUCUGAAAUAUCUAGUAAUCUGAAACGUUAGAUCCACAUAUUUAUCAAGUCAAACAUUAUAUGUAAAUAUUUCUUUUACUUAAAAUUUAGUGAAAAUUUAAUUAAUCUUACAAUUAUGACAAACCUCUAUUUGAUUCUAUUUUGUAAAUAGAAUUUUGCUGCGUAUAUAUGUAUAUAUAUAUAUUAUUUUCAUUACACAGUAUAUUUUUAUUUAUGUUUAAAUAAGUGUAUUUCCAAUCCCAUGAGAUAUAGAUUGAGUUUUUUUAUUUUCAUAAAAGUAACAUUACUAUUAAUAGUUGAAUAUUCAUUCUGUUUAUUAAUAUCUGAGUGAUUUUGUAAAACAUGCACAUAAUUGUGGACAAAAGUUCAGAAAAUAAUACGUGCUACAAACUUGUGUAUAUAUAAAUUAUGUACAAUAUUAAAAAUUGGACUAUAGUUUCCUGUAUAUUUUGCUAUUCGUCAUAAUACCAAUACCGUGUACAUAAAUUAUUUUUACAUUGUGAAUAGCACUUGUUUAAUAGAUUUUAUUCAUUUUACACCUUGUAUUUACACAUGUAUUGUACGUAAAACGUAAGUAUAAAAUCUAUUUAAAAUAUUACUUGAUACUUCAAUUGUGCCACAAAUACACAAUAUCUAAUACGCGCCUCGUAUAAUUAUUUAUUCAUUAAGUAAGAUAUUUCGUUUUAUAUAAAUGUAAGAAUAUGUAAAAAUAAAGUAAAAAUACAUGUAAAAUUUUGUAUCAAACCAUGAAACAAGUUACAAGUAUCUAUAUGGAGAGAUAUUUUAUAAAUCAAAUUAUAUACGAAAACUAAAUAAAAUAUUCAUUUCUCAUUAUAAAAAUAAUAAACAAUUCCUUACGCAAUAUCUUGCAACGUAUAUUAUAGCUAAUAUUGUAAAAAUGUUAUAAUAAAAAUAUAUUCUCGUACUUGAUUGAGAAAAUUAAAUAUUACCCAAAAUCAACACCAGUGUCUAGCAAAUCACGCACCAUAAAUGAUACUUCCUUUGGAAAUAUUCUAAAAAUAUUGCCUAAGUAAAGAAUAUAUCCAGGCACACUAAAUUCCACAUAAUUCCGACGAACUCCAUCUAAAAUUUGUUUAGCUGCUUCUCUGGCAGGCAUUGUGCCAAAGUAACUCGGUAUUCUAAAACGAAUAUCAUUCUUUACUUCUGCGCCCACAAUGAAUGGAUAAACAUGAACUAGAGUAAUUCUAAUAUUACUAUUUGAAUGUCUGAAUUCAGUUUGUAACGAUUUAGCUAAUCCUUGAACUGCAAAUUGUGCAGCGGAUAAAGGAAUUCUGCUUCCUCCUGUGGUAGUACCAGAAAGGCCAGCCACUGAUGACAGAACUACUAUAUGUCCUUUACCAGCACAUUCCAUAGAUGGUAAAACCGUAUCCAAUAACUGAAAGAAAUGACUUAAAAUCGUCAGAUCAAUUGUAUGUCUUAUUUCAGGUUGAUUCUGUUGAUCCUGAAGUAAUACUUUAGGACUUGGUAUACCGCAGCAAUGGAAAAGCAUUGUAACUUUACCCAAUUCUGAUUGAAUAAUAUCCACUACAUGAGCUACUUCAUUCUUAUCUGUUAUAUUGCAAAUAUACAUUCUAGCAAUCCCUACUGAUCUAGAUAGAGCCAAGUGUACAGUAGUAUCGCAAGUUUCUCUGUUGAUGUCGAUACAAGCAACUUUAACACGAAGUUUACACAAAUGAAUUGCCAAUUCUCUACCUAUGCCUCGACCUGCUCCAACAACCUAAAAUCAGUUUUUAUCCGUGGCGCGCGGCGCACCUUCAAUUUCAGCAGCAAUCACGGGAAAACUGGCGAGAAAAUCGGCCCAGCUCGAGAUAUCGGACGGCAGCCUUCGGCUUAGCUUUAAAUCGGUCUUCGGUCUGAACGGGCGAACCUCGCAGUCGAGUGCGAGACGCCGCACAAGCAACAUCGUGUUUCAUGCCGCGUCCUUUUUCCCUUUAUGAUCUACCUUCCCCCCUCCCCCUUCGAUUCCUCGAUCGUUGCCCUUUGAAAUCGCAGUUUUUCGUUACACAUCGAGACUAGUUCCGGUAGCAACGGUUGGAAAAAGUGCGCAACGAACAAACGGGCAACAAACUUGUUUACGCGGGAAUUUCUGUGGAGAAACUGGCCGGGGUCUCUUUGUGCUCGGUAUAUUAGACCCUUCGAGCCCCAAGGGCGAAUACUUGGACAAGGAACGACAACACGGAGGAGAGAGAGAGAGACAGACAGAGUUGCGGAAUAUUUUCAAACUGUUCCUCUUUUGCAACUGAGAAGCGUAUGGUCACGUCGCAACAAGUCAUCGAAUAACAUCGGUUGCCGCCGUUUUCUGCUGCUUCCCUCCUGCGUGCAUUGUCCUUUUCCGGUUCGGUUGAUCCGUCCCGUUACUCGUUACGAGAAGAGAGAACAGUCGGCUACCGUGGCUUCAGUGAAAAGUGUAUCGGCCAAGCUUUCGGUCGUGGUUUCGCGUUUACGGCCAACCUGUUAGUCACGCGGGAAACGGUAAAAACCGCCCAGGCAGGAACUGUGGAAGAGCAGUUUCUCGCAAACGGCCGUCGGAAUAAUAAUAACAACGAUGUUGGUGAAACUCGCCCCUCGUCGCUGAGCAAGGAUACGACCCGCUGUUCCUCGACACCACAGUCGUCCGUUUGAUCAUUGUUGGUGCAUUGUUGGUGAUGUUUGCCUACCGAUUUCCCAAACGGUGCGUCCUUGCCUGUGCACACAAGAUGAUAUCGCGCUGGGAAACGUGUUCUCGCGAGCUUUUCAUCGCCACGUUCUAAGGACUGUUGGCCGAAGAACCGCGGAGAAGCAGAGAGAGAGAGAGAGAGAG